UCAACAAGAAGGAUCACAGAAGAAAUUGCUCAUAACGAUUCAAAAUAACACAGCACUAUACUUUGAAUUUCAGCACUUUAUCAUGGAUAUGAAGACUCUAAUCACCCUUUUCUUUAUUCUAUCUGCAUUUAUUUUAUCCACAGAAGGCUGUAACAAAAGAGAAAAUAGAACUAAACAGGGAAGGGUAUUCAUACCUAAAGACGCUAAAUGCAAUGCUUCAAUUCUUGAACUUGACAUUCAGAAACAAUUAAAAUCUCCCAUUACAACACUCGUUCUGCCAAUAAUUUAUUCUGUGGUAUUCAUCGUGGGACUUCCAGCAAAUGUCAUUGCCCUAUGGGUGCUUGCCUUCAAAAUAAAAAAGAUACCUUCUACUCUUCUUCUACUGAACCUGGCUGCUUCUGACUUGCUAUUUAUUGUUGCUUUACCCUUCAAGAUUAUGUAUCACUUUUUUGGAAACAACUGGAUAUUCGGCGAGAUUAUGUGCCGGACUGUCAUUUCUGCUUUCUAUGGAAAUAUGUAUUGUUCAAUUUAUUUCCUUAUGGCCAUCAGUAUUGACCGUUACAUUGCUUUAGUGCACCCUUUCUCUUGUAAAGGUCUAAGGGGAUGGAGGGCAUCUAUAAUAAUUUGUACUGCUGUAUGGUUGAUUGUAGUUCCUGGAUCAUCAAUAUUCCUACUUGUGCCACAAACUAAAUGUUUUGAAGAACUAGAUAUUACAACAUGCCAUGACAUAUGGGCAACAUGCUCUGGUUAUGAAUGGUACAAUUAUUAUUUUCUUGGACUUUUCACAAUGGGAUUUGCCAUUCCUCUCAUUGUUGUAUUGUUCUGUUAUAUUCCAGUUGUGGUUGUACUAAUCAAAAAAAGGGAUUCUUACAGGAGUGUGGUUAGAGUGAUAUUGCUUGUACUUCUAACAUUCAUUGUCUUGUUUACCCCGAGCAACAUUCUGCUUAUAUUACAUUACUUGGAGAAAGAUUGGGAAAGACACAAUCAGCUCUACAUGUGGUAUAUUUUGGCUUUGUCACUGACAUCCUUUAACAGUUGCAUUGACCCAUUUAUUUAUUUCUAUGUGUCACAUGACUUCAGAGAAGUGGUAAAAAAGGCACUGAGUGUGGGGAAAGAAGAAAACAGUGAGUCAUCAAAAAGCACCAAAAGAUCUCACUAAGUAAUUUUGUCAGACAAUAAGGAGAUCUUACUGAGGAAGCAAUAACAGGCUUUCAAAAAAAUUCAAUGUACUAUGCAUAAAAGAGCAUAUACAUUUCCUAAUUAUUAAAUGUGAAUUAUUUACUGUGUAAACACAGUUAUCUAAAUUAUUUUCUGUCUGCCUGUA